AUGACCGAAUCGGAAGCUCUCCUCUUUUCGGGCUGCCGAAUAGCCUUUGUGCCUAGUAGUUCGCUGAAGCCUUCUACAAUAGCGGAUGCCACCAAGAUGGUUCUUAGGAAUGGCGGCGAGGUCCUCGAGCCUGAAGCCAAUGGCAAACUCGCUGUUCAUGAAGCCACGCAUAUUGUAUCCAAUACUAUCGAUUUCGAAGAGUAUACCGCCGCCGGAGAGUGUUUAGUACCUGUUGUCACCUGCAACUGGAUCACCAACAGCUUAAUGAAGCGCAAGCUCGCCGCCCUCCGCCCGCAUUCGCCCGAUCCCCGGCUGAUAUUUCACGCCGUCAAUGUCACCUGCGCCGACCUCCCUCCGACGGACAAGGAAUCCAUCAUCGGUGCAACCAUCGCCCUUGGGGGUACCGAGUCAAAGGAUCUCACCAGACAAACCACACAUAUUUGCGCGCUAUCUUAUGACCACCCCAAGGUUGCCUUGGCCGUGUCCAAGGGCCUGAAGUGCAAGGUUGUGCUGCCUCACUGGUUCGACGACUGCUUCAAACUCGGGAAAAGAAUCGAUGAGGGACCUUAUGAGCUGCCGGACCCUGAUAUUCUAAAAACAGGCGAACACAUGAACGAUGUUGCUGUACCAUCUAGUCAACAUCUUGAAGGAGCCACCACAACAAUGCCAACAACCGCCCCAGAAAACACCAAGUCACGACCUGCAUCCGUCUUCAACCACAGGACAAUUAAGUUGUCAGAAGACCUUCCCCUGAACGAGAGAUUUUUGGCUAUCAUCCGUGCCCAUAUCAACAAGGGAGGUGGCAAGAUCACAGAUGACGUGGAGGAGUGCGACAUUUAUAUCUGUCACUACCGGGAGGGCCGUGAUUACAUUCGCGCCGCACAAAAGAAGAAACAUGUGGGUAACAUUGCAUGGCUGUUGUAUCUCGUCACUCAUGAUGAGUGGACGUCACCAUUGCGGCGACUGCUGCACUAUCCGGUGCCGCGGGGUGGUAUUCCCGGGUUUGAGGGCAGCAGGAUUACCGUUUCCAACUAUGGCGGCGAGGCGCGGACAUACCUGGAAAACUUGAUCAGGGCUUGCGGUGCCGAGUUCACCAAGACGAUGAAACAGGACAACACUCAUCUGAUCACGGCCCGCGACUCGAGCGAGAAGUGCGCGGCCGCCCUAGACUGGGACGUGACUAUGGUCAACCACCUAUGGAUCGAGGAAAGCUACGCCAAAUGCGAGAUGCAGCACGCAAGCAAUAACAAAAAGUAUACAACCUUUCCACAACGGACAAACCUCUCCGAAGUUAUCGGCCAGACCUCCUUAGACGAGGCCAUACUCCGGGAGAUCUACUACCCCGGAGGCGAGGACGUAGCGUCAGAUGCGGGCUCGGAUACAGCAUCAGAACACAACGACGAUGAGGAAGCGGAAGAACAGGGUCCUGAAGCUGCUGCCGUGCCGGUGGCUGCGAAGGCUGUGACCCAGGGGAAGAAGUCACCUCUUCGUAAGGCCGACGACAGCCACAGAGCAGCGCUCACCACGCCGGCACGCUCAACCCGGAACGCAGGAUCUGGAAAGGAGAAUGUCACACCGGCGUCACGGCCCAGCACCAGCAGGAGCGCAAAGAGCACGGCCCUGAACAAGCUUCAUGUCCUGGCACCGGAUAUUGCAUUGUAUGAAAAGGAGAAGAAGCGAAUGAGCAAUGGGCCCUUUGGUGGCAAGCGUGCCGCUUCGGAGCUCGAGAAGCAGCAAGCGGAGGCUGCCGAGAAACAAAAAGAGAAAAAGGAGGCAGCACAAGACGACGAGGACGGUGAACGUCCGGCAAAGAGGCAGAGGUCGUCGCGGCCACCGGUUCAAUAUCGGAUUUGCCUCACGGGCUGGAAGAGGUGGCUCGCACCCGAUGUGAAGAGUGUCUCACAAGAGGAAAAAGAGAGGCGAAAAUUGCGCCAAAUGGGUAUCAAUAUCGUACAAGAAGGACAGCCUUGCGACUACCUGGCGGCGCCGCGCGUUGUCCGCACCCAGAAAUUUUUGACCACACUGGCACGGGGACCAGAGCUUAUAAGAGACCAAUUCUUGGUAGACGCCCUGGAAAGCGGAGAGCUGCCAAAUGUUAAAGAUUAUCCACUCGAGGACACCAACUACCCGGACAUCCAGAAGUCGGUCGCGCGGGCACGACAGAACAAGGGGAAGCUGCUGCGAUCGGUGCCAAUAUACUGCACGGCCGAGGUGCCUCAUGGACCUAAUGCGUUCAAGGCGAUCGCCGAGGCCAACGGGGCAAUCUUUAAAAUCUACCGGGCUCGCAGCGGGGUAACGAUCCGGCCGACGACGGCCGAGGAAGACGGAGGGGCGCCACCCGACCCUGUUUACCUCCUCAGCGGAGAUACAGCAGCAGAGAAGCUACUGUGGCCCAAGUUUGAGCACAUGGCGCGCGAAGGGCACAUGGAGCCUAGAAUAGUGGAUCCGGAUUGGUUGCUCGACGUGGCGAUGAGGCAGAGGCUAGAUUUUGACGAGAAGUUUAUGGUGAGGCUGAGGGACCAGUAA